AAUCGCACACGGCCACGAUGUUCGGUGCCUUUCGUCUCACAAAUCCGCUAUCGGGCGGUCUGCUAUGGAAAGUCCCAUGGCGCCUGUCCAGACACCAAAAGUACCGCCAGCGCGAGCGUCUCCGUCAUGUCGACUCGAUAGUUGCAACUCUCGAUAAUGCGCUCGCACGAAAAGGACAAAGCAUGAAGAAGGUGGAGAGGUGGAAAGUCGAGAUGCCGACCGAGGAAGAGAUGCUGCCAAAGGACAAAUACUCCGUCUUUGACCGCAAAGUCAAGAGGUAUAGGAAGGGAAUACACAAGGUACCGAAGUGGACGAGAGUCAGCCAGAGACUCAAUCCUCCUGGUUUCUAGACGAUCGUGGGGCAAUUGGAGUGUAUACUAUUUGUCAUUAUACCUUUACAUCAGAUUCGGCGCAUGGACGGACAAACAAUUCAUGCUUUCGUGGACAAACCA